GAUGUUGCAAACUGUUUCCUUUAAUAAAUAAAGAAUUUUUUACGAAAAAUCAACGUUUAUGCCAUAAGGGGUCAAAUGACCCCCUAUGGUAAGAUUAGGUAUAAAACAAUGCCGGUACGUUUAGUGUUAAGAGGCAAGUAAUUUCUGCAAUAGUAAGGAAUGUAAUUAACAAAUAUAUUGUUUUGGAAACCAUAAGUAUAUUCAGGAGUAAAUUUUUCUUGUUAUUAAUGGAUGAGAGUAUAGAUGUUGCAAACAUGAAACAUGUAUGUAUUUUGGCAAGAUACGUACACGAAGGUGAUAUCAAGAUGUUUUUAUUAGACUUAGUUAGAGUAAAGGCUGCAAAUUCAGAGAGCUUAUUCCUAUGUUUGAUGUAUACACUGAAAAAAUAUAAUCUGCCCAUUAAUAAUUUAAUAGGCUUUUGUGCUAACAAUACAAAUGUUAUGAUGGACAAACAUAAUUCUGUGGCACCUCGCUUAUUAGAAGUUAAUGUAGAAAUUAGCAUAUUUCCGUGUAUACGUCAUUCUUUUCAUUUAAUUGCAAGACAUGCAUACGAAGUAUUAUUUAAAGAAUUUGAUAAUUUUUUAUAUGCAGUAUACACAUAUUUUGCACACAGCCCAAAGAGGCAGAUAGCUUUAGAAACCAAACAAAAAGAAAUGAAAAUACAGCAACAAAAAAUUUUGAAACCAUCUCCAACAAGAUGGCUAAGUUUACAUGGUUGUAUUGAACGAAUUUUAAUGCAGUGGGCUGCUCUAUGUGCUGUAUUUAAGGAUGCAACAGAAAGUCAUGAAUCUGCAAUAGCAGCUCGGCUAAACAAAAAUUUCAAUUGCCCAUAUAUGAAAGCAUAUCUAGAAUUUCUCAUACUUCCUCUGGGAUUAAUUACAAAUUUUAUUGCAACGUUUCAAAAAAACGAUUUUGUCAUUCACAAUAUGCUGUCUGUAUGUUUGACAUUAGUAAGACAUUUGGCUGGAUUUUUUAUUAAACGUGAUUAUGUUAGAAUGGAAAACAUAUAUGAAUUAAAUAUUGAUGAUCAAGAUAAUUUGCUUACAAUAGAAGAAACUUAUAUUGGUGAAGAUGCCAUAUGUACAAUGAAUGAAAUAAGAAAUAGGAAUACAAUGGAAGAUGCCAAUAAAAUUAAAGAAUUUUAUGAAACGGCACAAAGAUUUUAUAAAAUUACGUUUAAAGAACUAGUCAGAUGUAUUCCAUUUAAUGAAACUUUCUUACAUUCACUCAAUUUUUUGAAACCAGAAAUUGCGUUAACAAUUCAGCGCACAAGCCGGAUUCAAUUUGUGAAGUUAUAAAGAAAUUUCCAAGUAAGUUUAAUAGGAAUGAAGUUUUAACCGAAUGGUGUUUAUUACCCACCCAUUUUAGUAAUGAUGAGAUACAGUUACUAACGCUUAUGAACGAAAAAGAGUUUUGGUCCAAAAUUAAAGAUAUCAAAGAUCCCAGCGGCAUGAAAUGUAUGUUUGGCAAUAUUGCUCGAUUGGCAGAAAUAUGUCUCGCAUUGACAUACUUAAAUGCAGAUGUUGAAAGAACUUUUUCUAUGCUUACAAACAUGAAAACUAAACAUAGGAAUAAGCUCCAGUCGGAAACCGUUGCAUCUUUAAUAAGGAUUAAGUUAGAUAUGAAAAACAAGAACAAGACUUGUGAAACAUAUGAAAUCUCCGAUGAGAUGUUAAAAUUAUUCAACAAUGAUAUGUAUAACAAAGUUGUCAUACCUGAAGAUUUUUCUUCAGUCGUAUCGCCAGAGUCAGAUGAAAGUGACUCCUUAAUUGAUGACGAAUAAUUUUCGGCAGAAGUUCAUUACAUAUGCAUAUGUGUAAAUAUUUUUAUAAUUUGUGUAUAUUUCUAUAUAUUUGUAUAAUUUGUAUAUACUUCCAUAUAUAGUCAACCCUUCUAACACGGUUAAUUCGUUCUGGUUAAUCGAAACCGUGUUAAAAGAAAUCUAAAAGGGUGAGGGUUCCGUUCGUUCCGUUCGUUUUGGUGCCGUGUGUCGUAGUGGUGAGUGCCGUGAGUGGUUCUCUCUUUUUUUCAAGCUGAACAUCUUGCUUAUGUUAAUAAAAAUUGUGAUGCGCGAUGAGAACAUUUCUUCUACCAAUAUGAGCUGUGCCAGAAAAAAAUCAUAUUAUUAGAAUACCGUAUUGUAAAAGAAUGUUAUAGGAGAGUUGAUUGUAUUUGUAUAAUUUGUAUAUAUUUGUACAUAUUUUACAUAGAAGUGUCCAAAAAAUUAAAACAUUAUUUUUUGUAAAUCAAUAUUCCAUGUAUUUUACUUUGUAUUGACCUUCACAUUUCACUUUUACAAUUCUAAUAUGUUAAGAUAAACUGUGCAAGGAUAGGAUCAUACAAGUCAAAAUUGCCCUUAGAGGUUUUUCAAUGACUAUUAUAUCCUUAGAGCACAUAUGUAUAUACAGGGUGAGUUACAAAUUAGUCCCCACGAU